UUAUCAUAGGAACGGGUAGUAUAAUAAUAGACUUCGGGUUCAUCGGCAUCCACUUAAUGUCGCUGGUUCGACAUCCUUCCGAACCAACAUAAAUAAGUACCCUAAAAUACAUAACUCACUUUUCCCCCCAUCACAACGUCAACCUUCCAUCCUCAAAGCCCACUAUAUCAGUACACGCACCCGGCUCAAUGGUUACUCUACAGCAAGUCCGAUCGUCCAACUCCAAGAUCGCGACGGCGCUUCCUCCCGGCCUCGUCGCUGUCUUCGCCGGGGCCACCAACGGCAUCGGGGAGACAUCACUAAAACAGUUCGCGAAAAACGCCGUCAAGCCCCGGAUUUACUUUCUCGGACGAUCCAAAGCAUCUGGAGACCGCGUCCGCGCCGACCUACAGAAGCUGAACCCUGAGGGAGAGUAUAUCUUCAUCAGCGCCGACCUCAGCCGCCUCCGCUCGGUCGACGAGGUCUGCCGCGAGAUCAAGCGAAAGGAAUCAGCUAUCAACCUUUUAUUUCUGACUACCGGGACCGCAGUCACUGGAAAGGAAACCGAAGAAGGUCUUCACUACCCCAUCGCCGUGGCGUACUAUGCCCGUCUUCGCUUCAUUGUCAACCUGCUGCGUCUGCUUCAAAACGCCACUGGUUUGCGCCGCGUUGUGACGGUUCUGGCCGGCACCAAGGAAGGCGCCGUCAACAAGAAUGACUUCCAGAUGCGCCAGUCUUCUCUCCUCUCCCUAGCCGGCCGCGGCCACAUCGUCUCCAUGACAACACUGGCCCUCGAAGCCGUUGCGCAGACCGCCCCGAGCGUGUCGUUUAUCCACAACUACCCUGGCGCUGUCAAGACCAACCUGGGGAACGACGUCGAGGGCUUAUUUGGCGCCAUCUUCCGGUCCGUUUUCAGGAUUCUCUUCUUCGUGGUUGGCCCGUUUGUUGAGAUCCCCGUUGACGAAGCCGGAGAACGGCAUGUAUUCUUCGCAACGAGCGCCCGAUUCCCCGAAAGAGGCGAGGGCGCCGGCGCUGGCGUUCCGCUGCCGCAAGAUGUGGCCGUUGCGCGAGGCACUGACGGAAAGGCGGGCAGUGGUGUGUACUCGAUUGAUAACCAUGCGGAGAGCGCGCCACCAAAGGUAGAGCAGCUUCUUGCCCAGUUGCGGGAGGAUGGCACGGCCAAGAAGGUGUGGUCGGACGUCGAGGAACAGUUUGUGCGAGUUACAGGGUCUUUGUCUAUUUAGAUCUUCCAGACGCGGUAUGCCUCGAAGCGAUUUGGCGCCUUCCCCAGGACAUACAACAACUGCACUUGUAUCUUUCUGAAAUUACCACCAUCUAAUACCAUCUUCCGUUUGCCUACG